GUCUUGGGACUCGGAUCCAGAAAAGCGGCCUCAGCUGAUUGAAAUAAAGAAGGUGCUGGAAAAUCUUCAAAAACAAAUAGAACUAUGUUGUGAAUAUCCAUAUGAUUCCAUAGAACCAGAACCAGAAGAAAACCUCCAAAUAUCACAAAUCACAAAAACAUUUGAUAAUACACAUUUAUAUUCUACCGAUUAUAUCUCGGAUGUUGAUUCUACUUCAAACUUUGAUUCAAAAAUAUCCGAUUUGGUCAAAGAAUUUGGAGAAUUAAUCAUUGAACACAAACUUGUAGGCUCACUAAAAACAAAAGAAGCGUUUCUAAAGUUCUUGAACGACUAUGAAAAUGAAGCACCAAAAGUUUUCAUUUCAUUACAAGCAACGCGACAUGAGCAAAAAGAUCUAUUUCUAGCCUUAUCAUAUUUUCAUGGAUUUGGUGUAGAAAAAAAUAUCAAAAUGUAUUUGGACAGCCUUGAAAAUGCAUGCGCAAAAGAUAUUGUUGAAUUUUAUUAUUACGGUAUUGGUGGAGCAGAAAAAGAUACAAAACUCGCAUUACACAUGUUAAAAAGUGCUGCUACAGUUGGGUACAUUCCUGCAAUGUAUUGGUUAGGAUAUUGUUAUCAAUAUGGAGCGGGU